AUGGCAAUCAAAACUAUAUAUAUUUAUCACAAGAUGGGACGAAUCACAUUAGCAAUUCUCAUAGUACUAGCAGCUGUGCCACUCUACUACUUAUUUUUACGAAGUCCUCCACCGCUGCCUGCUGUAGAUUUGGAAGAAUGGUGGGGGCCUAAAAGUUUAAAAUCAAAACAGGAUAUCAGUAUAAAGCCUUUUAAAAUUAUUUUUGAAGAUGUGAUGAUAAAAGAUCUUAGGGAUAGAUUGAGAGAUCGUCAUCCUCUGGCAUCGCCUGUAGAAGGAAUCGCUUUUGAGUAUGGUUUCAAUAGCAAACAGCUAGAGGGCUGGCUACGUUACUGGGCAGAAGAUUAUCCAUUUAAAGAACGCGAAGAACUACUCAACAAGUACCCUCAGUUUAAGACAAAUAUACAAGGGCUCGAUAUCCAUUUCAUACGAGUAACUCCACAGGUUCCAUCAGGUGUAGAAGUUGUGCCCUUGCUCCUCCUCCAUGGAUGGCCAGGAUCUGUUCGAGAAUUUUACGAGGCGAUCCCUCUUCUCACUGCCGUCGACAAGAAACGUAAUUUCGCUUUAGAGCUCAUUAUACCAAGCUUACCUGGAUAUGGAUUUUCUAGCGCUGCUGUCAAGCCCGGUCUAGGCGCAGACAAAGUGGCAGUAAUUUGCAGAAACCUGAUGCAACGUUUAGGAUUCAAACAGUACUACAUACAAGGAGGCGACUGGGGCGCAAUUAUUGCUAGCAUCAUGGCAACACUGUUCCCUGAAGAAAUCCUAGGUCACCACAAUAAUAUGCCAGCAUUAUUUAAUCCAUUAGUAACUCUCAUGACGUUGGUGGGAGCCAUCUACCCACCGUUAAUCGUCAACGCAGAGGUACAAGACCGUUUGUACCCAAUGUCCGAAGUAUACAGCAAUUUGAUGCAAGAAACUGGCUAUAUGCAUUUACAAGCUACAAAGCCCGAUACAAUUGGUGUCGCCCUAGCAGACUCGCCCGCAGGUCUGGCUGCAUACAUCUUAGAGAAAUUUUCGACUUGGACUAACAAACAGUAUAGAAAUAAAGCAGAUGGAGGUCUAACGACCAGUUUCAGUAAAGACCAACUCCUUGACAAUAUUAUGAUCUACUGGAGCACUAACUCUAUAACGACUUCAUGUAGACUGUAUGCGGAGACUUUUAAUAAGAGAGUUAUGGGAUUGGGUCUUGAUGAGAUUCCCACUAAAGUUCCAACGAGCAUAAUUCAAGCAAAAUAUGAGUUAAGUUACACACCAGUUUGGGCGCUCAAAUUUAAAUAUUUAAACUUAAUCAAUGAAACAAUUUUGAGUUCCGGUGGCCAUUUCCUUGCAAUGGAACUACCUGAAAUAUUCGCUACGGAUGUUUUACAAGCGAUCAAAAGCUUCAGAGAUUUUCAUAAGAAUAAAAAGACUGAAUUG